GUUCACCCCAAUGACAAGUAUCGUCAACACCAAACAACUACCAAAAGAAACCAAGGUGUUGGAAUAACCAUUUACAAUAAUUCAAUGAAUGGAAGAAGCCUAACUAUAAGAAGUGGGAAUACUAUACAGUUUUGUAAACGAAAUUAUUUAUCAGUGAGUCCAAUUUGCAAUCGUUUCAAUAUGUCUCGAGCAAGGAUUUUGAACCAGAAGUUUAAGGGUACCUUAGCUUCCAACUCGACUUCAGGAUCUAUUUUGAUGGAAAGUAAAUUAGGAGCUAGGGUUUUGACCUUAAAUCGACCAGAAAAGCUGAAUGCAAUGAACCUAGAAAUGGCUAAUUCGCUUCAUUCCAAACUUGUAAGGCUGGAGCAAUCAGACUUAGCAAAAGUAAUCAUCCUUAAGGGAAAUGGCAGGGCAUUCAGUUCUGGUGGUGAUGUAAAAGAGGCAGCCAUUGGUAUAAAGAAAGGAGAAUUAGAACGUGUACGAAAAGCAUUCACAGAAGAGUACCGUUUAUGCCAUACAAUUGCUACAUUUAACAAACCCGUAGUGGCAUUUAUGAACGGAAUCACAAUGGGAGGAGGUGCUGGGUUAGUCAUGCAUACUCCUUUUCGAAUUGCAUGUGAGGACACUAAAUUUGCUAUGCCCGAAACCACUAUAGGCUACUUUCCCGAUGUUGGGUCUAGUUUUUUCUUUAACCGCAUGCCAUCCCAUGUUGGAAAAUAUCUUGCUUUAACUUCCAAGGUGGUCAAUGGGGAAGACUGUGUACCAUUGGGAAUUGCAACACAUUUUGUUCCCAAGCACAUGCUUGGAGAACUUGAACAAAGACUUGCAGACUUAAACACUUCUGAUAUUAAUAAAAUUAGAGACACAAUUUGUGAAUUCGGCAGUGAGGUUCCCCAGCCAUCCUCUUUGUUGAAGCCUCAGACUCUUCAAACUAUUGAUAGAUGUUUUGCAUAUCAUGAUCAUGUCAGUAUCAUUCGUGCACUUCAAAAAGAAUCUCAGUCAGGUGAGGCCUCCGAAUUCGCCAAAGAAACUUUCGAGACUUUACUCCGGAAGUCACCCCUUUCUUUAGCUGUGACGAACAGUCUCAUUGAACGAGCUGGUAAAUGGACAAUUUCGGAAGCUUUGAAACAUGACAGUAUUGCUUCUUACCACAUGCUCAGUCAACCCGAUUUCUUAAUUGGGGUGGACGCACAACUCAUCUCCAAGACUAGAAAUCCCAAAUGGUCUUAUUCUUGGGAUCAUCAAUUUGGAGAUUUGAAGAACAUUUAUGACGUUCCCCAGGAAUACAAAAAUGGAGUCCCGUAUCACGCAAAGGAGCGAUCCCACACUAGUUCUUGGGAUUACAACAAAUAUCCUCACUCCUAUUAAUGAUUUACAGCCAUAUCAUUAAUCUGACUAUGUCACCUUACUUAUAUUUUGACCUUUAAAAUGAAUCGUUACAGCUACAAAAUUCUUUAAUAGCUAGCACUUAAAAAUGACAUAUUUUGGAUUAGUAGCAAGCCAGGGAUUAAAAAUCAUCUUGCCCGUAUCUUCAUUAACGUCAUGUCUAAUCCAUACUUCUAGUAAAAUACAUUCUUUUACUUCAUUAUCUUCCUG